GGAAAGGCAGGAUGGCAAUUAUGUGUUAACAAACGCGCCCCAGCGACACCACGAGAGCCGCCUGUCAGCGCCCAGCGGGAGCCAGCAUGUAGCGAAGCCGGUCACCUCCUGGGAGAGGAGAGCCACCGCCAUGGACGGAGGGUUGACUAUCACUUUAAUAUCUGUUGCGAUGUUUGUGGGCUGUUUUUUACUUGGAUUCAUCCCACUGUUGUUCAGACUCUCUGAGAAAAGCCUGCAGUUUGUGUCCAUCCUGGGGGCCGGACUCCUGUGUGGGACAGCACUGGCCAUCGUCAUCCCUGAGGGAGUGGACUUACUGGAAGAGUCAUGGAGAGCAUCCUCAUCCUCUGAUGUGCCGGCCAACCUGAACGCCAGUGACAAAAAUGCAACCUCCACAGAGAGGGGCCCUCCGCCUCGGUUCUUCAUCGGGGUGGCUUUAACUCUCGGGUUCACCCUCAUGUUCGUGGUGGACCAGAUCGGAAGUUACUUUUCCAAGCGUGACCAAACGAACACUGUCGGCAUCACAGCCACUUUGGGGCUCCUUAUUCAUGCUGCAGCCGAUGGAUUUGCUCUGGGUGCAGCUGUGGCCACGGGGCAAGCGACAGUCCAAGUGAUAGUAUUUUUUGCUGUGAUCCUACACAAGGCGCCUGCAGCCUUUGGUCUGGUCUCCUUUCUGAUGCAUGCAGGCCUUGAAAAGAAGUACAUUCAGGGACAUUUGCUGGCCUUUUCGGCUGCAGCGCCUAUAGUUGCCAUCACCACAUACUUCAUACUGCAUGCGUCUGGCAGCUCCUCUCAGAGCCAGCUCAGCGCGACAGGUGUGGGAAUGCUCUUCUCGGCCGGGACUUUCCUCUAUGUGGCCACGGUGCACGUCCUCCCUGAGAUCAGCAGCAGCAGGACGGGCCAACCCCCCUCUGACCCCCAGCAGCACACUGGAGCAGGGGCCCACCAGCAGCGACAUCUGGGGCUCCUGGAGAGCCUCACCCUCAUCCUCGGGGUCGGGCUCCCGAUGGUGCUGGCUCUUGGGCUGCAGGACGACUGAGACAGAAAUGUCAGUUCAGUGUGCUCUAACAGUGUGCACACUGUGAACUACAUGGGUUGACAAAACGAGCCACAGAAACAGGUUUACCCUGGUCCAGCUAUUGUUUGUACGAGCUCUCCGGGGAGAAUCUGAUAGCUAACACAUUGUCUUGGUGGAUUGGGUUCCCAUUCCAAGACUGACAAAAAGGGCAUAAUUAGCUGAAACUGGAUAGAUUUAAAGAAACAACCACAUAACCUUAUACCGUCUGUUACCCCAACAAUAGAUCUACAACUCUGAUUCCAAAAAACUGGGACGCUGUGUAAAGAAAUAAAUAAACAGAAUGUGUUAACUUGCUAAUCCUUUUUGACAUGUCCUCAAUUUAAAACAGUACAAAG